AUGCGUACUGAGGCUCAGAAGGCUCGCUGCCUACCGGAGGUGACCAACUGGAGCCGCUGGGCGUCCCCUCGGAGGGCUGUGAAACAGGACCCCCGGGAAUCAAGUGAGCUCACCCCUUGGAUUGCAGCAGGGCUCCCGCGGAUGCAGCUUUUUGCCAACAACCUCUCAGCGUUUCUGGGGGGCCGAGGAAUUGACGACGUCGAUCAAGACCCCCUGUCCCUUCGUGUUUCAGUGGAAAGAGACUUUAAAGCCGCUGCGUCAAGUAGCCAGAAUCCAAUUAUCUGCGUGCCUCCACUGUCUUCAGUUUCUGUGAAGCCCCAGGUUGGCUGCACUGAGGACUAUUUACUUUCUAAAUUACCCUCUGAUGGCAAAGAUGUACCAUUUGUGGUGCCCAGGUUUAAGUUAUCUUAUAUCCAGCCCAGGACACAGGGGACUCCUUCACAUCUGGAAGAACUUGAAGGAUCUGCCAGAGCAUCUUUUGCAGAUCGAAAGGUAGAACUUUCCAGUUCCUUCCAGCAUGGAUCCAGCUAUGACGUGUAUAACCCGUUCUAUAUGUAUCAGCACAUCUCACCGGAUUUGAGCCGGCGUUUCCCACCUCAUUCUGAAGCCAUGAAGCAGUACGGAUCAGUUUGUGACUUAAGGAGCUAUAAACUUCCUGGUUCCCCUGGGCUAAGCAAAUCUAUGUUUGAUCUUACAAGUUCAUCUCAACGAUUCAUCCAGAGACAUGAUUCAUUUUCCAGUGUACCCAGCAGUUCUUCUUCAAGGAAGAAUUCUCAGGGGAGUAACAGAAGCCUAGAUACAAUUACGCUCUCCGGAGAUGAAAAAGAGUUUGGGAGACUGAAUGUGAAAUUAUUUUAUAAUUCUGCGGUAGAACAGAUCUGGAUCACAGUUUUACAGUGCAGAGAUUUAAGCUGGCCCUCCAGUUGUGGAGAUGCUCCUACAAUUUCUGUUAAGGGAACAUUAACUUUGCCCAAACCAGUUCAUUUCAAGUCUUCAGCUAAAGAAGGUUCGAAUGUUUGCCACGCUGAGCUUGAACUGGGGACUUGUUUCCAAGCUGCCAAUAGCAGAAUUCAGGUACAGAUUCUUGAAGCGCAGUACCUCCCAAGCUCCUCAACUCCUCUGAGUCUGAGUUUUUUUGUGAAGGUGGCAAUGUUUAACUCAGGCGAUUUGAUUUCUAAGAAGAAGACACGCUUACUGAAGGCUUCCAAUGGACGAGUAAAGUGGGGAGAGACUAUGAUUUUUCCACUUAUACAGACUUCAAAAGAAAUUAUUUUUCUUAUUAAGCUUUAUAGUCGAAGCUCUGUAAGAAGAAAACACUUUGUGGGCCAGAUUUUGAUAAGUGAAGACAGUAAUAGCUUUGAGGCCGCAGACCAGUGGAAAGAGACAGUGACAAAUCCAGAAAAAGUUGUUAUCAAGUGGCACAGACUAAAUGCAUCUUGA